GCUGUUUCCUUCUUCCUUCUGCCCCCUUUCGCUUCUUCGUUCGUCCUCUUGCCGUCUCCUUGAGUCCUCGUCCUUCUGCGGUGAUCGCGAUCGAUCGAUCUCUGGUGCAGGAUUACAUUUCGUCUCUUGGCGCGAUCGCUUGGCUGAGCUUCCCCCUCGCAGUACAGUCGCGCUCCUCCGCUGACAUGGGUCGUGUAAAACUAUUGCGAAUGAUGCUUUGAUGCGAGUUCCUUUGGUGGGCAGAUCCACCACCUCAGCGGCCCCCUAGAGCCGACCCCAUGGGUAUGGAGGGAGGUAAAUUCAGAUACAUAGGCGGGAAGCGCAUGGUGAGGUGAAUUCUAGGUGGGUAUGCGAGUACCUUUGGUGGAUGGUGAACUCUUUGUCUUGCUGGCAGCUUGUUGGUGCGGCGGGAUCUUCGGUACAGUGACUGACGACUACAUGUCGGUGACAAGCAUACCCAAGGAUGUGUCGCUUAACUCAAAGUGGUGCAUCACUUGCCUGAGUGAGUAGCUCUCCUGAAGGGAUGCUUACACUACGUGAAGGGGUUCAUCUACGCUAAGUGGUGUCUUGAAAACCCAAAGGAGAACAUCAAUUUGAAGGGAUGAAUCAACAACCUUGAAGGGUGUUCUAGCAAAAUUGAAGAGAGACUAUCGUGAGACAAUCGACACUGGGUUAAGAUGGUGAAAUUGACAAUGAUAGCACGUGUUACUGAUGGCCUACCUUUAGCGGAAGGAUUAGAUGAUGGUCGUGACCAGAAAGAUGCUGAUUUUUACAAACAGCAAGCGAAGAUUUUAUUUAAGAAUCUCUCAAAAGGUCACUAUGAGGCUUCUAGGAUGUCAAUUGAGACUGGUCCAUAUUUCUUCCACUACAUUAUUGAGGGUCGUGUUUGCUAUCUUACAAUGUGUGAUCGUUCUUACCCCAAGAAGCUUGCUUUCCAAUACUUGGAAGACCUCAAGAAUGAGUUUGAAAGGGUCAAUGGGAAUCAGAUUGAAACUGCUGCAAGACCUUAUGCCUUUAUCAAAUUUGACACUUUCAUACAGAAGACUAAGAAACUCUAUCUGGACACUCGAACACAGAGAAAUAUUGCUAAGUUGAAUGAUGAACUGUAUGAAGUCCACCAAAUAAUGACGCGGAAUGUGCAGGAGGUUCUUGGUGUUGGCGAAAAAUUAGACCAGGUCAGUGAAUUAUCAAGUAGGCUAACAUCUGAGUCUCGAAUCUAUGCUGACAAGGCUAAAGAUCUAAAUCGACAGGCUUUUAUUAGAAAAUGGGCUCCCGUUGCCAUUGUUCUUGGAGUAGUGAUGCUUCUGUUGUGGGUUAGAAAGAAGUUUUGGUGAAUUAAUCUGAUGUUUAUAUUUAGAUACCUUCUCAUUCUCUGCACGGUAUGCCAAUUUUGUGGUGUUGGCCAUUUAGAAUUAAUCUCCCGUUUGAUUGUAAAAAAAUAGGAAAAAAUGGCUUUUCUUUCAACAAUUACAAGAAUUAAAUUGCAAUAUUACUUCAAAGUCUUAAGCACUGUGCGAUGUGAUUGUUUCUU